GGAGGCCCAUCACUUUAGGCUUGGCUUCCCCGCGGUUGCCCCGGACGACCGUCUCCGCCAAUCAGCGCGCGGCUUGGUGGGCUGUGGGCGCGGCCCGCGGUUGCCCCGGGCAACUCCAAGCAACAGCUCGGGGAGAGAGGACGGCGGGGCGGUGGGGAGCGAAGCGGGGACCCUGCGCGCCCCCUGCCCCGGCCAGGCGCCCCCGCCGGCCCCGGAACUUCCCGCCCGCUGCCGCUUAUAAGCUAAGAAAAUAAAUCAAAAUGGCAAGUGGCAAGCUUCAAACACAUGUGGGUCAAACAAAGUUGGUCCGAAUGCUCAAAGGAUUCCAAGGCAGCAGGAUCCUGGCACCAAAGCUGGUCUCAGAAGAGGAAGCCAACAAAAUGCCCAGCCCCUCCGAAUUCCUGAAGGAAAUGUCCCUCUCCACAGAAGAGCGCCUGUCUUCGACUCGAGUGAUGUGCCGGCCACAGAUCACCGAGCUUUUGGAUAUGGGAGAAACCACUCAUCAAAAGUUCUCAACAGUUGAUCUGGAUCAGACCUUAUUCCAGCCCUUCCCAUCGGAGAUUGUAUUUCAGAACUAUGAUGCCUGUGAAGUCUUAGAAGUACCACUGAUUCUUAGGAACAAUGACAAAAUUCCAAGAUUGGUGAAAAUUGUUGAGGAAAGUUCCCCUUACUUCAAAGUCAUCAGCCCCAAUGAUAUUUGUAAUAAAGUAGCCCCAGGGGUGCCAUCUACAUUCCGGAUCCUCUUCACUCCAGAAGAGAACAAGGAUUAUUCCCACGUGCUGACCUGUGUGACUGAGAGAGAAAAGUUCAUCGUGCCCAUUAAGGCUCGGGGCGCUCGUGCCAUCCUGGAUUUUCCCGACGAGCUGAACUUUGGCGUUUGUCCCGUCAAAUACAGCACCCAGAAGAUUCUGCUGGUCCGGAAUAUUGGUAACAGGGAGGCCGUGUUCCACAUCCAGAUCAGGAGUCCUUUUUCUAUAGAGCCAUCUGUUGGAAUUGUCAGAGUGGGAGACACCAUGCAGCUGGCAGUGGAUUUUGAGCCACUCCUCUUAGGAGACCAUAGUGAAAAACUUAUAGUGAACUAUGACACAGGGGAAAAGGUUUGUGUAAGCUUGUAUGGUGCUGGUGCAGAUAUGAAUAUUAGACUGGACAAGAAUUCCUUGAUCAUUGAGAAGACCUAUAUAUCUCUGUCUAAUCAGAGAAAUAUAAUAAUUCACAACCGAAGUAAUAUCAUUGCACAUUUCCAAUGGAAAGUACAUGCUACUCAAGAAGAGGAGGAUAAAGAAAAAGCAAGGCUCUGUGACAACCUGACCAAGGAGGAGGAGAAGAAGACAGAAGAGCUCCUGCAGGAGUGCAUCCUGGACCCGUCCCUCCGGGAGCACCUCUCGGUCAUCUCCCACGCCUUCCAGAACCAGAGGCGCAUCGUGCAGAGCAAUGAUAUGCUUUUCUUCGGCACCAUCUUUGUCAUUGAGCCAGUGGAAGGAGAUGUUUGGCCUAAUUCAACAACUCAAAUCAGUGUGAUCUUUUAUCCUCGAGAAGCCAAGCUCUAUCAGCAAACAAUUUACUGUGACAUUUCAGGCAGGGAGUGCCGGUUGCCCCUUCGAAUCAAAGGGGAAGGAAUGGGACCCAAGACUAUCUUCAACUUUGAUGUGUUAGAUAUUGGUAAAGCUUUUGUUGGAUCAGUACAUAGCUAUGAGGCCAUUCUGUCCAACAAAGGCAGCAUUGAUGCUCUCUUUAAUUUGGAACCUCCAACAACACCUUUGGGAUCCUGUUUCAUCUUUAACCCCAAGGAAGGUAUCGUGGAGCCUUCUGGCCUACAAACUAUACAGAUUUCCUUCAGUUCGAACAUCCUGGGGCACUUCCAGGAAGAGUUCCUAUUCAGUAUCAAUGGAUCCCCCGAACCUGUGAAACUGACUAUCAGAGGCUGUGUCAUUGGGCCGACUUUCCAUUUUAAUGUUCCAUCCUUAGAUUUUGGGGAUGUCUCUUUCGGGUUUCCUCGUACUUUGACCUGUUCCCUCAAUAACACAUCCUUGAUUCCCAUGACCUUUAAACUCCGUGUCCCUGGUGAUGGCGUCGGAGAACCAAGUGUGACAAGUUUGGAGCAGACUUUGGACAUCAAAAAAUCAUCAUGGAAGAAUGAAAGUUCACCGGCAAUAAAACCACGAGAAUUCACCAUUGACCCCGUUUCGGGCACCAUCCGCUCCCAGGGAUUUACUGCUGUUCGGGUCACCUUAUGCUCCAACACGGUGCAGAAGUACCAGCUGGCUCUCGUGGUGGAUGUAGAGGGCAUUGGGGAGGAAGUACUGGCACUCCUCAUCACAGCAAGGUGCGUUGUGCCCAAGCUCCGUGUGGUUAAUCCGGAGCUGAAUUAUGGGUACUGUUUCCUGAAAUACCCUUACAAGAGAAAGGUGCAGCUUGUGAAUGAUGAUGACCUCCCAGGAUGCUAUGGAGUUCUCUUACCAGAAUAUGAGGAGCCACCUACUGUACUUUUUUCUAGCCCAAGCCCUUGUGGGAUUAUCAACCCCCGGAGCACAGUGGAGUUAAUGGUGGUCCUGGAGACUCAGAUCCUUGGAGAAUACGAGUGCACCGUGUACAUCUCCAUCUUUGGGAGCAAGGACCCGCCACUGCCUAUCCACUUAAAGAGUAUUGGGGAAGGCCCUGUGGUCAAUGUGUUUCCUGACAAAAUCGACUUUGGCAACAUCUAUGUCCUAAAGGAUGCGACCAAGAUUCUCCAUCUCUCUAAUCAGUCCUUCAUCACUGCCUGCUUUACUGCACAUUUGGCGAACAAAAAGUCCCUGUGGAAGAUUUCGCCCGAUGAAGGCAUCGUUCCUCCGGAAAGUGAAGUUCUCCUGACGGUGACGGCCAACCUGGACGACAUGCUGCCCUUCAGUGACAUGAUUGUUCUGUCCAUUCAGAACAGCAGCAGCUACCAGAUCCCCGUCAAGGCUGUGGGGAAGGGAACCACAAUUGUCUCUGACAAGCCUUUCGCCCCAGAGCUCAACUUGGGGGCCCACUUCAGUGUGGACCCCUACUUCUACCACCUGAAACUGACCAACAAGGGGCGCCGAUUCCACCAGCUGUUCUGGAUGAAUGAAGGCUUCCACCACAACAACAAACAAAAACGGCCGGUCCACGCGAAUCCCCUGAUCAUGAACAAUCCGCAGGGCUCAAACCCACAUAAUCCCGUGUUUCAGAUUCACCCGGUCAGAAUGGAGCUAGCCCCUGGCCAAACAUCUGAACUGGUGUUGGAAGGAUUUUCUGACGUUCCUAAGUUUGUCAAAGAAAGACUGGUGUGCUAUGCCAUCAUAGGAGGAAACAUAAGGAAGACACAGCUCAUGACGGUCAGUGUCAUCUGCGAGUUCAUCGGGCCCCUUGUUGUAUUCUCAACCAAGAAGCUCAUAUACAUCCUGGAAAAGCAACCUCACACUGAAUUGGAGCCGCAAUUCAAGCUUCUCACGAUGAAGAACGUCUCCUCUCUGCCAGUCCGGGCUAUUCUGACCACCAAAGAGCCCUUUUACCUGUGCGACCUCAGCCACUCCCUCCUGCCCCGGCCCUAUGGGCCCAUGGUAAUGGAAGUUGGGACAGAGAAGAAAUUGAUGAUCAAGUUUGACCCUUGCAUGCGAAGCGAUUUGAACCAGUGGAUAUCAGAAGAAGUCCUGUCCAUCAAGUAUUUAGAGCACCCACAAGUGGACUAUGUGAACCUCCGGGGAGAAGUGCAUUUCCCCAACCUCACCUUUGAGACCAUGGAAGUGGAUUUCGGCUGCAUCCUGAACGACACGGAGGAGAUUCGAUACAUCCAAAUGGUCAACUGCAGCCCUCUGGUGGUGAAAUUCCGAUGGUCCUUCCUGGUGGAUGACAAUGAAAACCAGAUAAGGUUUGUAACAGGACAACGUAAGCCAUACAGUGCCCCACUUCAUGUUUGGUCACAGUCAUUGGAGACCCAACAAGAAUUAGUGACCCCAGCGCCAGCAGCUUCACCAGUAACUCCGGCACCACCAAGUCUAGCAAUUGAAACAGAUGAAUUUGUUGAGCAUGUCAUUCUGAAUGAGAAUCAUAUACAUGAGGAAAGAGAAAAGAAGCUUCUAGUGCCAUCAGAUGUAGUCAAUAUGGAACCAUUGAAAUCAAGUAUUGAAGAUGUAGAAAGAACAUUAAUAACCCAGAGCCAGGUGGAAUUCCAGGACUCCCUAUGGAUCUUUGAACAGGAUGAUUCAUUUACCAUCGGCGUGGAAGAAGUGUUUGACAUCUUACCCCUCUAUGGAGUGCUGCCGCCCCUUAGCAGCCACCAGGUGUCCUUCGCGUUUUAUGGGCACUGUGACAUCAUUGCUCAGGUGAAAGCCCUCUGUGAAGUGGAGGGAGGGCCCACCUAUGAGAUCACACUCAAAGGAGAAGCUUCGCUGGUCAGCUACAAAUUUGACACAAAGGAAAUUAACUAUGGACUCCAGAUGUUUGAUCAUGUCAUGGAAAAUGACCUCACCCUGAAGAAUAUCGGCAAAGUUGGUUUUGAGUUCAAAGUUCUGGAUGGGAACCAGAAUUCUUUAGAUGGCCCUCAGCCUGGAAUGCCCUUGAUCCUGCCCCGCUCUGGUUUCAUUCAUUCGAAUAAAGAACAGGUAUUAAAGGUUUACUACCUACCCGGAGUGCCUGAAGUCUUUGAGAGGAGUUUUCAGAUCCAGAUUGCACACCUGGAACCAGAGACCCUCACGCUGAGGGGAGAAGGAAUCUUUCCCCGGAUCUCUCUGGAUCUCCCUAGGAACAUCAAAGGAAACGAAAAAUACGAGGAAUUCUUGAGAGAAGCCAGAAGAAAUUUAGGGAAGGACAGCAGCAAGGAUGAGCUGUCCAUCUACCCAGACCCUGUGACCGAGACCACAUCUGAGGAGGAUUGCUUGGCCAGCCAUUUAGAUGUCCAGAUCCAGACGGAAGUUGAGCGGCUGAUCAUGAGGCAACAUGCUUUAGAGCAACAGAAACUACUCAAUCUGGAGGAGUCUUUCUUCAGUCAUCGAUCUCGCCGCAAAUUACUCCAGGCUCAUCUUCCCGAGUACAUCCUUGACUUUGGCUACAUCAUUCUCGGCAACGUCCGCAGCCGCAGCGUCAAAGUCACCAACACCAGCAGCUUGCCCGUGUCUUUCCACAUAGAAAAGAGCGCCCUUCAGGACUCGGGCUUCAGCGUGCAGCUGGACCGCGUGAGGAACCUGCCCUACUGUGAGAUGGAGGUCUUGGAGGUGAAAUGUGACCCUCAAGCGGCCAACGUGUCUGUGGGCAAUAAGGAAGUGAUCCUGCCUAUCAAGGUGGUAGGCGGGCCCACCCUGCAGGUCUGCAUCCGAGCCAAGGUGACCAUCCCGGCUCUCUCCCUAUCCCACGACAAGCUGGAGUUCGGCACCAUCCAGUGCGGGCAGUGCCAGGUGGCCACGUUCCAGCUGCACAACGAGCUGUCGGUGCCCUGCGAGUGGUCUAUCUCCAACCUUAAGCAGACCUCCAAGCUGGACAAGCGCAUGCCGAAAUACCUGCGGAAGAAGCUCCAGGCGGAGCUGAAGCCGAAGCUGCAAGCCUUUGAGGUCAUGCCUCUGUCUGGGGUCCUGGAGCCCGGGGAGUGCACCAACGUGCAGGUCAAGGGAAACCCCCCUCCUCAGAAACUCUACACCCAGAACCUGAUCAUCAACAUUGCCCACAGCUCCCAGAAGCUGCCUUUCCUCGUCCAAGGCAAUGGCCUGGAGCCCCGCCUGGAAUUCAGCCCUUCCGUUCUGGAGUUGGGGCCUCUGCUGCCUUAUGCUAGUGGCGAUGAGGCGGAGGUCAUCGUGAAGAAUCCUUGCAAUUUUCCCAUCGAGUUUUACUCUCUGGAAUUUGAUCAGGAAUAUCUUUUAGAAGAGAAGAUCCUCCGAAACCUCAAAGGUUAUGACGCCUGCAACACUCUGCUCCUGCCGCCCCGGGGCCCCGGAGAAAAGCUGCCCCCCGAGGUGACCGACUACUACAAGGAGCUCAUGCGGCUGCGGGAAGAGCAGAAGACCAAGCCCACUGAGUACGUGGGCCAAGAAAACGCUGAGGAAGAAGAUUCCCACAGCACAGAGCCAAUGACCUCGCCAAGCGUAAGGCGGACCUCUCUAAGUAGAGGAGUCUCUGUUACAUCCACCUUCGAGGAGCGGCACUUACGAGCAAUCGAGUCUCGAAAUAUCCAAGGUGAAGAAGAGGAAGAGGAAAACUUGGACCGAUUUUUCUCCCAUGGAGCUGAAAAACCCCAGAGUGCCAGUGAGACCCGCUCUGUGGAGGAAGUUGGAGAAAUCGAUAACAACCCGGUGAGCAGGUGCAUCGCUCGCUACCUGGGCAUUUCUACUUCUCCUGACAGCCACAUAGCCAAGCACCGGAGAGGGAUUGCCAUCAUAGUCCACGGCUCACCGCUGUCAGGGAAGACCGCUGCCUGCAAUAGCCUCGCCAAAUACUACAAUGCCGCCUACCUGACCCUCGAUUCCAUCGUGUUGGAUGCUCUGUCGGAUUCAAACAGCAUUCCUGGGCUCCGGGCUCGGGAGCUCUGCAUGAGGGCGACCACCGAGCAGAGCAUCCGAGAUGUGGAGGAGUCAGUGAAGGAAGCUGCCAUGGUUACAGAGAGUUCACUGGCACAAACAUCCAUAGGAUUGUCAAGAGUAAGCACUGAGAAUUUGGCCAAGCAUAUCUCAGAAGCAACUCUGGCCUCCCCCGAAAACCGGACGGCCCCCUCCAAGGGCUUUCGGGGAAGCGUAAUUAACACCAAGACCAAGUCAGACAGCCAUGGCUCUGGGUCCCAAAAACAGCAUCAUCAGUUGCACCAGUCAGAAACAUCGGGAUCGCAGAUUCCAUCCAGCCCUCUCACCUACACCCCUAUUCACCUCCGGCUCGUGGGCAGCUCCAGUGAAGGAGACAUGGGCUUGUUCAGCUGCGUGCUUCCUGAUGACUUAUUGGUGCAAAUCAUAGAAGAGAGGAUCCAGCUCAGCGACUGCUAUCGAGGGGUGGUCUUUGAUGGAAUAGAGACGGUCUUCGCCAGAAGUCCGGCCUGUGCCCUCCAGUGCCUGCUCAGAGCCAUCAACAACCGGGAGCACAUCUACUUUAUCAACGUGGCUCAGGAUUACAAUGUCAUGAAGGCCCGGGAGAAAGCCAAAAUGGAAAAGAUAGAGCAAGAACAGCAGGAAAUGAUUGCAAAAGAGAAGGCUCGUCUGCAAAAGAUGGAUGAGGAGGAGUACGAUGCCCUAACGGAGGAAGAGAAAAUGAUGUUUGACAUGGAAAUUCUGCAGGCCAUUCGUGAGCGGAAAAAAAGGAAACAAGAGAAAUUAGCUCGGGAACUUCAGGAAAAGAGAAUACAGCAGGAACUUGAACGGCAACGUGAGGAGGAAGAGAUGAAGAAGAAAAAUAAAAGAAAGCGAGAACCCAUCAAAGAAGAACUUACGGCAAAGAAGGCUCUUGGGCAGCGACAGGCCUCUCAGAUCCAGGUAGGCAUCAAUAUAAAUGCCAAAGCAGAUGCCAGGUCAGAUAUAGGACUAGAGAGGAAGGGAUCAAUGAAGGAACAACUAUCCGGUGAGGACAAAAAGGAGGAGAAAAGGAAAAGGAGCAAACAGCAGCUGGGGGAAACGCUUCCCUCACAGACCACGGCAGAACAACUGGAAAGUGAAAGGGAUUUAUUGAGGGAUGCUGAGAAACAGCUGGCCCAGAAGUUCAAGGUCUACGAAAUGAACCUGAAGGAAAUCCAGCAAAUUUUGAUGUCCUGGGACCGCAAGCAGGGCAUCUGGAUACCCCACCCUGGCACCGAAGAUACCCAGCAUGAGCCCGAAGAGCAAAGGCAGGCUCCUUCUGGGCGGAAGGGCCGAAAGGACCGGGAGAGGGAACGGCUAGAGAGACUGGAGAAGGAGCGGGCCGAAAAGGAGCGCCUGGAGAAGGAAAAGGCCGAGAAGGAGCGCCUCGAGAAGCUCAAGGCCAUGGAGGACAAGAGCGAUGGGGAGGUGGAGGAAGAAGACCACGAAGGGAAAAAGGACUUUGGGGUGCCCUGCUUGGACUUCCAGCCAACAGUCUCCGAGGAGUUCAACUGGAAGCAGAUCAUUGAGACGGAAAAGCUGCCCAGCAUCGAACAGAUGACAGAGAUCCUGGACGUUGGGGUCGCAGAGUUGCCCAUCCCUCCUCCCACCUUAUUCUCGAUGAUCCCGUUCCCACCGAAACGAGUGCCAGUGGUCAUGUCAGACAUCCUUAAACAUUUCACUUUUGUCGUCCCGGCCUCCGAAGACGCAGCCACUUCGGAUGACAAGAAAGAGACGGAGAGUGAAGCUGACGCUUCUACCAGCACCCCCCCAGCGAAGACGCAAGAAGAGCAGCAGAUCAUAACAAGUAAAGGUCGCUCAAGACUGAAAGAUAAAAGCGAAACACUCCGAGAAUCUACCAAGGAAAAGCGCUCACGGGCAGGGACCAGCAAGAAGAUGCCUCAGGUUCUGCCUGUGCCAUCCAUCACUCCCCUGACAGGCUUGGACCAGAGCACCUUCACAACCCGGCAGGUGCAGGAGAAAAUCAUGAGGUUGAACAAUUUCCGUUGGAUCAUCCCAGCCCUUGGAGAAGUGGUGCUCCGUGUACACUUCUCCUCCAAUGAGACUGGGAUCUUUGACCAGACCUUCAACUUUGAGGUCCUUGGAACUCGCCGCCAGUAUCAACUCUACUGCCGGGGAAUUUGCACGUACCCUUCCAUCUCCCGAGAAAUCAGGGUGGUGUUCCCUCAUUGGAAAAAGGACGCAAAACCUGAAGAGAUUAUCUAUAAGAAAUAUAUAAUGAAUCAGGAGAUGUUCCACUUUGGGCCAUUGCUCUGUGGGAAAUCCAGAGACAAGUACAAGGCAGUCCAGUUCCCAGACAACAUGGAGAAGCUAACCAUCCUGAACAACUCCCCACUGCCAGCAGAGGUGGCCUUCUUUUUCCAGAACGAUGUCAAAGCCAACACCUACAUCUUGGACCCUCCCAUGAUGAACCUAAAACCCAACGAGAAGCAGAUCCUGUCCGUGUGGGCGUACCCAACCUCCGUGGGCGUCUUUGAUGACACCAUUAUCUGCUGCAUCAAGGAGAACCCAGAGCCUGUUAUCUUCAAAAUCACUUGCCAGGGCAUCCGGCCAGAGCUGGAGCUGGAUCACAAGCAGCUGCACUUUGAGAAGCUGCUGCUCCACAGGAGAGACACCAAGGUGAUUUUCAUGCGGAACGUCACGGCGCUGCCCGUGGCCUGGAGGGUCGGCAGUCUGGAGCACCUCGGGGAGGACUUCAGCAUCUCCAAAGUGCAGGGGAUCAUUCAGCCUGGCAACGAGUACAGCCUGCAGCUCCACUUCCAGCCCACCAAGGCCGUCAACAUCAAGAAGGCGAUCCGGCUAGAGGUUUUAGAUGCCGAGUACCUCAUUGGAGUUGUUCAGAUUGAAAACAUCCAGAUCUUUGCGGAAUCCUAUGACAUUGCAUUGGACAUCACUUUCCCCAAAGGGAAUGAAGGCGCCUUAGAUUUUGGUGUGGUUCGAGUGAUGGAAGAAGUCAAACAGUUUCUGUCGCUGAAGAACAAAGGAAAAUAUGAAAUUGCAUUCAGCUUCUCCCUGGAGUCCCUGGCACCUCACCAACCCAAUGUGCACUCCAUCCUUUCUAUCCAGCCCAAGAAAGGGUCACUGACCACCGCUGAUCGGCCCACCAACGUCCAAGUGAUCUUCCGUUCAAAAAAAGAAGUGAAAAUUGAGAACAAGCCCGUCCUACGCUGUCAGAUCAUUGAACCCAAUGGCUUGGAAGGAAGUGAGGUCAUUGCCAGCAUUCCAAUUAAGUUCUCAGUGAAUGUGGUAUUCUCCAGAUACGCCAUCAGCCCUUCGUCGGUCAUCAACUUUGGGGCCAUGCUUUGUGGCAGCCGUAAAACUUCGACCUUUUCCAUUGAAAACCAAGGUGUCCUGGACUUCAAGUUCAGCAUCAGCAGGCUGAUCAGGGAUAUGCCUUUCAUUCAUACACGGAAAACAGGACUGUCCCAUAAUGCUAAGCAUGCACGAUCCAAGGAAAACGUCAGCUUUUACAGGUUUUCGGCCACGAAAGGAAUCAAAGGCAAUGACUCGAUGCAAAAAGAGAUGACGAGCACAGUGAACCAAGCUCGCUUCACCCUAAACAUGUUCAGCGUCUUCCCCGGAUUUGGAACCGUCCCUCCCGGGGGGCAACAAAUGAUCACAGUGGAGUGCUUUGCUGACCCAGUGGGGCGAUGUGAAGAGUUCCUGGCCAUCGAAAUCUCCGACCGAGAUCCAAAAGACCAGCUCGGUGGCAUUCCGUAUACAUUGAUUGCUGAAGCCUGUUUGCCAGCUUUCGUGAUAGAUGACAUGGCCUCCAUCUUCGAGGAGCACCUGAUAUGUAACAAUACUAACCUGUACCAGGCUCUGCAAACCACAGAAAGUGGAGGAAUAUUUUUGGAGGACGAGAAUAAAUUUAUAUUUUGCAACGUGCUGGUGGGACACCAAGCCAAAGCCCGAUUCAAGCUCAGCAACACGGGAAAGAUUCCCUGUGACAUCAAUGUCUCUGUCAAGCCUGUUUCCAACAAGGUGGUGAAUCGGAUCACUGACAUCUUCGAAGUGGAACCCACCAAGCUGAGCAUUCCCAGCCGCUCCCAGGCCUUUGCCACCGUCACCUUCACUCCCCCGACAAUGCAGAGCUACCAGUGUCUCUUUGAAGCCUUCUUAGAUGGCUUGCCCAAUUUCCUCUCCAAGAACCGAAGCCUCUCCUUUGAUAUCUUCGGAGAAGGGAACCUACCCCGAGUGACAGUCGUCCGGCCCAUUCUCUACAACAAUAAAGGAAACCCUCUCUUACUGUUUAAGAGGCUCCUGUUGGGCAAUUCACAGAAGCUUCCUCUCAUCCUGAAGAACAAUGGAACUAUUCCUGCUCAGCUACAUGUUGAUUUGAAGGACAGAACAAAAGUCUUCUCUCUGAAAGGCAGGCCCACCACCAACUAUGUCUACCUAACAGAAGAGAACAAUCCUGAUGGAAAAGCAAAGAAAGCUCACACGGCUUUCCUCAUCAUUUAUUCCGGAGACACGGCCGAGUUUGACGUUCACUUCAAACCAAGCAAGGUGGGGAGAGUGGUUGGCCACAUCCACUUGUCUGUGAUCAACAACCAGUACGAGGAGACCACGAUCCAGCUGCUGGGGGAGGGCUACGAGGAUGACAUCAUCCUGGACAACAUCCACGGCCUGGCGGUCAGCUCCAAGUCGGAGACGGAGAUCACUGAGAUCACGGAGGACAAGAUGCUGGAGGAGCUGAUGGCGUCUGCCCGGGUGGAUCACCUCCAGUUCGGGGAUUGCCAGGUGGGCAGUGUCUAUGAAGUGACCUUCACAAUGACCAACCGCAGCCAGGUUAAUGCCGUCCGGUUUGAGUGGCCCGUGCCGGCUCCCCUCCGCUUCUCCCCACAGGCUGGCCACCUUCACGCUGGAUGUUCCAAGGACAUCACGGUGACUUUGAGAUCUCGCGCAGCGGUCAACCUCAAGAAAUCCUUGGUGAAGUGCAAGCUCUCCAGAAUCGUUUUCCAGCAGCCUGUGGACCAGGUUCCAGACUGGGACAACCACAUGCGCACUGUCAAGUGGAUAGAUUCUGGAAAGUCUCCCAACAUGCCUGCCAAAAAAAAAGUGACAGAGACUGACCCCGAGCCUGCACACACAGUCCUGGAAGAAAACUACCAAGACCUGGAUCUUUACAUCAGUGCAGUGAUAGAUUAUGCUUCCUUCAGCUCCCAAGUGAAAGAAGUGAACUUUAAGGACACAAUGGUUUUCCAGACCCGAGUUUUCGAGUUCGACUUGACUAACACUGGAGCGGUGCAGCUGGGAUUCACCUGGCUGCUGUCCUCUGACGAGCCAGCCAAGGCUGUCAGCUUCGCCAACCCACAGAGUUCAGCUUCUCGAGGUCCAACGGGUACUAUAUUUGACACAGCCCGCAAGGAGCUGUCCAGUGGGGGGACUUUCCGUGGGGGAAGCACCACAGAGAGCUUUUUAUCCCAUGCCUACAGCACCUCCUCCACCUACCCUUUCUCCAUGGAGCCCAUCAGCGGCAUCAUCCCAGUUGGGAAAAGUCAGAAAAUCAAGGUCAAAUUCUCUCCCCUGGAAGUUGGCGAGUUUGAGAACAGCAUAUACUGCCAAAUCCCUAACUUGGCUCCAGGAGCCCAAGGCCUGAUGGUCGCCGUGAAAGGGAAAAGUCUCUUACCGUAUUGCCAUUUUGAUCUGGUCGAAUCUGACUACAUCAGCAAUCACAAGCGCAAUCCAGAUUUAGGCGGGCCAAAUGGGGAGCCCCUGGAUGUCAACACCAGAGUGAUUGAGUUUUCUGCCUUGGGUGUAGGAACAAAGAAUAUCCAGACCUUCACUAUUAUGAACCCUACCAAUAAGACCUAUUCCUACCGUUGGAUCUCAGAAGAAGAAGAAAAUCUCCAGAAUCCUUCACCUUUUAUGUGUCUGACAGAGGGAGGCUUAAUCCAUCCAGAGAAAAAAGCUGAGAUCUCGUUCCAGUUCACUCCUCAGUGCUUGGAGCUCACAGAGGCCUUCUGGACUUUCCUGAUCCCUGAGCACUCCAUCUCGGUCCCUUUCCUCCUGGUGGGCAGAGCCACAGACCCUCUGAUAUCUCUGGAUGUGCCCCAUCUCACCUUCAGCUCCCUCCUGAUGGGACACGAAGCCCGAGCGACAGUCUUUAUGAUCAACAAUGAGGAGCAAGAGUUUAAUUUUGCAUUUGAAGACAGUUCUUGCUUUUCUGAAGGCUACGUCAAUAACCUGGUUGUAAAGCCCAUGGAAGGUGUGAUCCCAGGAAUGUCCAGGCUCCCGAUUGAUAUUUACUUCACACCCAAGUGCGAAGGAGAAAUGAACUUUAAUCUGAUCUGCCGGGUGAAGAGGAAAGCCAAGCCUCUGACCUUAAAUGUCAAAGCUGAAGGCUACAAUAUGAAAGUAGAGAUCAGGUGCAAGGAAAGCAGUGGUGUGGUAACCGAGUUGAGUCCAACCCAGACCAAUGUCAUCAACUUCGAUGAGGUAGGAGUAAAUGAAUGUGUCCAGUGCUAUUUCACCUUGAUCAACCCUGGCAAAUUCAACUUCAACAUCGUGUCUGAAUUUGAUGGCCCCAAAAGCCUCCAGCAGUACUUUGUCUUCUCUCCCGCUGAGACCAUGGUGGAGGCUGGCCAGAGCGUCUCAGCCACCUUGUCGUUCACCCCUCUGAAGAAGUGUUCUGUAAAGGGGGUAGAACUCAGACUCAAGGUCACUUACGGUCCCACAUACGUCUGCACACUCUCUGGCUCCUCCGUGACUCCUGCCGUCCACUUCUCCUUCACCAAUUACAACUUUGGGACCUGCUUCAUCUACUUACCAGGGAUGUCCCUGUACAAACAGAUCCUUGUUAUCAAGAACAAUGAAGACAAGCCUGUUAAUUUGGAUUGUUUGUAUACCAACACAGCCCACCUGGAAGUGACUUGGCGGGUUGUUGUGAUAAAGCCUGGAAAGAGUAUAGAAGUUCCAAUCACCUUUUAUCCUCGAGAACCUAUGUUUUACAAGGAACUCAUUCCCUUUGAGAUCAAUGGACUCUCUCAGCAAAUUGUUGAGAUCCAGGGGAAGGGCACUGAGAUGAAGGUCACAGUCUUGGAUCCUGAAAAUAGGAUUGUGAAGUUUGGAGCUCUCUUACCAGGGCAAGUAGUCAAGAGAACCGCCUUAAUUGUGAACCACAGCCUCAUCUCGCUGACUUUUAACCUAGUAACAAAGUUCAAUGUUAUGGAACUCAGAGAAGUCAAGGUUAUUACCAUAACACCUUGUUUCAACAUUACUCUGAAGCCCCAAGAAACCUGUAAAGUGGAUAUUGUCUUCUCCCCCAAUAAACGUGUCCCCCAGUUUAAUGAGGAGGUAACCCUGGAUUACACGGGGUGCCUGCGUCCCCUGUUUCUCAUCAAUGGCUGCUGCCAAGCCCUGGAGAUCACUCUGGACCAGGAGCACAUCCCCUUUGGGGCUGUGGUCUAUCAGUCUCAUGCGACGCGUCGGCUCCUCAUGAUGAACACUGGGGACAUUGGAGCCAGAUUCCAGUGGGAUUCCAAGAAAUUUGCACCUAAUUUCUCCAUUACCCCAACCAAAGGCUACAUCACCCCUGGGAUGGAGGUUGCUUUUGAAGUGAUCUAUCGGCCUACAGAGCUGGGCAAGGAGAGCCUCUACAAAAACUUGCCCUGCACCAUCCAGGGGAGCAAACCUCUCCUGCUCACCCUGUCUGGAGUCUGUGUGGGCGUGUCCGGAAUAAAAGAGACCGUGAACUUCAGCUGUCAAGUGCGCUCCAAACAAACCCAGAGCAUCAUGCUGUCUAAUCGCACCAAUCAAACCUGGAAUCUGCAGCCCAUCUUUGAAGGAGAGCACUGGGAAGGGCCAGAGUUUCUCGUCCUGGAAGCCCAUCAGCAAAACAGGCCCUAUGAGAUCACUUACAGGCCCCUCACCAUGAAUCUUGAUAAUCGGAAGCAUACGGGCUCGGUCUUCUUCCCGCUCCCUGAUGGGACAGGCUGGUUGUAUCUUCUUCAAGGGACUGCUGAAGCUCCCAAAGCAGUAGCCAAUAUCUACCGGGAAGUGCCAAGCAAAACGCCCUAUGUUGAGCUAUUGCCUGUCGAAAACUGGCUGAACAAGGCCCAGAGAUUCCGCGUCAUAGUGGACAUGAUUAAGCCAGAGAAGCAGGACCUGAGUAUGACAAUAAAAGGGCUUGAUUACAUCGACGUCCUGGCGGGAUCCAAGAGAGACUACAAGUUGAACUUCUUUUCCUACAAAGAAGGGAUAUUCUCAGCAAAGGUGAUCUUCCGCAAUGAGGUAACUAGCGAGUACCUGUUCUACUUGGUGUCUUUCAAAGUCCUCUCGGCCGGGAUCAUUAAGACAAUCGACAUGACUACCUUUGUUCGGCAGAGUACCUCAGCCUCCAUCAAGGUGGAGAAUCCUCUGCCUUAUUCUGUUUACUUCACCACAGACUGCCGCGUGCCCGAUAUCAGCAUCCCCUCCCAGUUUGCGGUGCAAGCCAAUUCAGAGGCUACAAUAUCAUUUGACUUUCAACCUCUGAAAGCCGGGGAGACUGUUGGGCGACUGAAUCUGCACCAGAGUGAUCUGGGCACCUACCAAUAUGAACUCAAUCUUAAGGCCUUGCCAAGCCGGCCUGAGAAGCCAGUCUACUUCCAGGUUCCCCUGGGGAGCAAUCAGGCCCUGAAUGCUAAAUUCAUUAACUACACCCGUCAGAAGACAGAAUAUGCAUGUAAGACUGACAACCAAGAUUUCCAUGUGGAGAAGAUUGUCUUUGCAGCCCCAGGCGGCCAAGGAGGAACUGAAGUCAAUGUGGAAGUCAACUUUGAGCCCAGCCAGCUCGGUGAAAUGAGAGGCAACCUCUAUGUCUCCUCUCCCAUAGGAGGGGAGUACAUUAUCCCACUCAUUGGACUGGCUCAGUACCCCAAACCUCAGGGGCCCAUCCAAAUCAAAGCAGGUUCCAGCACAAUCAUUCCCUUCAAAAAUGUAUUCUACCACCACAUGACCUAUUCCGUCAUUGUGGAGAACCCAUCCUUCUCUGUCAAAACCGUUGAUACUGUGCGCUCUAAGAAAACUAACAACAUCGUCGUCUCCUUUGAAGGAAACACUUCAGGCCACAAAACCCCCAUUACCUCAAAGCUCAUUGUAUCCUGCCUCAGUGGCACUGGCAAUGAAGCGGGAAUCAAAUGGAUCUAUUAUCUGAAAGGGAUCACCCCAUAGAAUUAAUCAGGAGUCAAUUGCUUAUAAACUAACUAAAACCCUUUUCCUUUUGGAAUCAUCAGUAUUUUCUAAACUCCUUAGUCAAGGUUUCUUAGACCACUUCCUCUCCCAAAGCCCAUCCUCCACAUGGAUCCUUUUUCCUAAAGCCCUGGGCUCUUGUCAGGUAAGAAAAUCAAGGGGAAAUAAUGCCCUCUUAAAACUCAUCAGUGGUUGACCAAACUCACCAGGGAUAUAUGCAUCAUCCCUGUAGGGUUUUUCCUAGCACAGAAUAAUAGAAGUUAGGACAUAUAAAUGAACAUAUCAUAGUCUCAUUUUUCUUUAGGUACACCAGCCCCUAUCAAAUAUAGUAUAUACUUGCAGUCAUAUAAAGGUAUAUUUUGGUGUUUUUUUUAAUUUAAAAUUUUAAAUGAUUUGCUUACUUAUGAAUUAAAGACUUUUCUAUAGAUUUCUGAAAAUUUCCUCUUCCCACCAAAUCCAACUAUGCAAUAAAGAUCUCAAUUAUUAAGAAAACAUUAUGUUACAAGUAGUCUAUAAUUUUCCACUUCGUAUGGUAUUACAUCACUCAGUAUUCUAAGUGGCCGCCAGAUGGUAUCUUUACGCCAGUGCUAUGUCUAAACACAGAAUGAAUCCAAAAACUGGCUAGUUUAUUAAGAGAGGAAUAAGUCAAUAUCGGCCCAACCUUCAAGCGAUGAUGUUUUGAUGUGAGGGGGAAUUGUUCCAGGGCCUACCUUCCUGCUUGUAACCCUCAGGCCUACUUUCCAAUUCAUAUUCCUCUCGGGCUUCCAGCUAUCUCCAUCCCUAUCACAGGCCAUCCCUGGAAAUUACCACGGAUCCAAACUUGGUGCCAUAUGAUGUCAUUCCCCAUAAAUCAUGUGGUAGACCCAGUGAUGAGCGCUGGGAAAAUAUGGGAGCAUGAAGGCUCUUUCCUAGCCCCUGUGUUCCUGGAGCCAUCCAUAUACCAACCAGACUUAGGGUGG